AGCGCAAUUUAUUUAGAAUAGUUCGUGAAUAUUUCACCGAUUCAAUUGGGGUAAAUAAUAAUGAAAAUUAAUGUGCAAAAUCGUUGCAACUAUGCAUAAUCACAUAUUCAAGGAUUAUAUAAUAAUCAAGCAAAAGUGCGAAUGUCGAAAGUCAAGCAUCUAAAGGAACGAGAAUCGUACAAACUAUAUUUAUAUUUUCUUCGCACUUCAACUUCAACAACGAGUAACGAAAAUGUUUCGUAAUCUUGUAAAUUUGACAAACAAAUACAAGGUGUUGCGGGGCAUGCUGUCUUAUGGAACAUUGUGGCCAUGCGGCUGCCUCAUCGAACAGACGCUGAUCGAGAAACGGACAUUCCGCACCUACGACUGGAUGAAGUGUCUGAGAUUCGGUUUGUUUGGCUUCUUCUUUAUGGGACCGACAAUAUAUGUUUGGAUAAGACUGGCUGGCGUCAUGUGGCCACGCACGGAUAUUAAGUCAUCGCUGUGCAAGGCGAUCACCGAACAAACCGCUUACGAUCCGAUGGCCAUCAGUUCCUUUCUCUUCUUCAUGACUCUCAUGGAGGGCAACUCAUAUGCCCAGGCGAGGCAGGAGGUUGCCGAUAAAUUUCUGGAUGCGUAUAAGGUCGGCGUUAUUUAUUGGCCCUGCGUGCAGACGGUGAACUUUGCCUUUGUUCCGGCGAGAAAUCAGGUUGUCUUCACCUCCUUCUUCAGCAUGUGCUGGACCACAUUUUUGGCCUAUGUGAAAUUCCUACAACUGCAUCCACAUGUCGAUGUUGAUCAUCAUGCGGUGGACAUACACUUUUUGGAAAUGUAAACUUUAAUAAUAAAAUAAAAAAAAUACUAACUGUUAAUACAAAA